CCCCUUCAUUCCAAACCUUGUCUAUAUAUUUCUGCAAAGCCUAUUUCUCUGUCUAACAAACCUUUUUAUGUUGUCUCUUGUUCAUUCUAAUCUUUUGCUUCUUCUGUCAGCACCAACCAACAUCUCAAAACUCAUACAAUCUUAGACAUCUCUCCCCUAUUUUGUCCUCUAAUUAAGUAAAUAUCCUGUUUAGAGUCGAUGUGGCCCAUAUGGAUUCUCACAUAAGGUUGGUCUUUUAAAAACCAAGCUUUUGAACCAAUUUGAUAUCAGUUGAGUUAAGGUGAAAUUACAUUCAUUAAUCAGUUCAGUUCACUUUUCGACUCGAACUUUGUGCUAACACCUGUUAGCACCGGCGUCAACUGAUAUCGAAACAUAUACAUUCGUGCUUAGGUGCAUGGAUAACAUGGGGGAUCGAAAGAGCCUUGUGCACGAGCUGCUACAAGGUUUGGAGCUGGCAAGGCAGUUACAAAUCUUUAUCCACUUGCCUUCUACUUCCAAUGAAGCACGUGAGGUCUUGAUCCAGAGGGUCAUAUCCUCAUUUGAAAAGGCACUUCAAAUUGUUAACCGGAAAGGAACAUUGGGCGAGUCAUCACAACAACAUUCAGGGGUUGCAAUCGGAGUGGCAGAGUCACCACAACCCUUUUCUAGUCCCUGCAGUGAAGACUCUGACAGAGACUUCAGGGACCAGGAGCAAAGUCCUUCCAAAAAGAGAAACACUUUUCCAAGAUGGACAAAAAAGAUUCGAGUUACACCAGGGAUGGGAGUUGAAGGGCCUCUUGAUGAUGGAUAUAGCUGGAGAAAAUAUGGCCAGAAAGACAUUCUUGGAGCUAUUUAUCCCAGAGGCUAUUACAGAUGCACCCACAGAAAUGUUCAAGGAUGCUUGGCCACAAAGCAAGUGCAAAGAUCUGAUGAAGACUCCACUGUGUUUGAAAUCACUUACAGAGGGAACCACACCUGUACAAUGGCCUCUAAUGUAGUGGUUCCUACACAAAAUCCACCAGAAAACCAAGAAUCAAAUUUGAAUACAAAUUCUCAGCAGCAAAAUGUCCUCAAAAGCCUUGAGCAGGAACCAAACCAGCUUCUUUUGAACCUCAGAGCAGGACUAAGAGUCCAAACAGAGAACCUAGAUAACCCUGAGUACAAAUCACUUGCUCCAUUCAAUUUCCCUUCCACUUCAAACAUCAAAAUUGAAAACCAAAUUUUCCAAUCUUGUAUACUAGAAAGUAAUAGCUUUGCUGAAAACUUCACUUCUAAUUCAUACAUGUCCCCUGCUACUGCUACAUCAGGGGUGAACAACUUCACAGGGUACCCCAAUUUGGCAAGUUCUAUUGAUUCUCAGAUCAGUGACAUGGUUCCUGCUGCUGCUUCAGCUGCAAACUCACCAACAGUUGGUUUGGAGUUUCCAUUUGGCCAAUUUGAAUUUGAUGGCCACAACUUCACGUUCGAUAACCAACGAUUUCUACACUGAUCAAUUCAAAGAAGAAGCCAUAAACUAAUUAAAUAAAAAAUAGCAAGUGCUGUAAAAUUCUUGACUUGUAGAAAGAAAUAUUGCUAUGCCAUAGCUACUUGUAUCGUAGGGAUGUGAGAUUCUAGGCUUGCUUAGUCAACAGGAAUGUUUCUUUAUCAUCAAUGAUCAUAGUUUUUGUUGUUGUGGUUUUC